UGAUAAAAAAAAUGGUGGACUGAAUAGUGAGUGAAAUAUUUCUAAAUUGUUUUCCCGUUUUAACCACGCAAGCAAUGAAUUACCUGCCCGGGACUGCUAGCCUCAUUGAAGAGAUAGAUAAAAAGCUCCUGGUAGUACUAAGAGAUGGUAGGACAUUGAUAGGAUACCUAAGAAGUAUUGACCAAUUUGCUAAUCUUGUGCUACAGCGAACGAUAGAGCGCAUCCACGUUGGCAAGAAGUUUGGUGACAUUCCAAGAGGGAUCUUUGUCAUCAGGGGUGAAAACGUUGUCUUGUUAGGAGAAAUUAACCUUGAAGACGAGGGGAAGUCAACGCUGGAAGAAGUCACGAUUGAUGAGAUACUGGAAAUGCAAAGAGAGGAACAGGUGAAUAAACAACAAGAAGAAGAAAGAAAAAAGAAGGCUAUGAUAGAACGUGGACUUACACCUCACACUGACGGAAUACAAGAGGAGUUCCUAUAG